AUGUCCAACAGCAGCUCCGUCACCCAGUUCCUCCUCCUGCCGUUCACAGACACACGGGAGCUGCAGCUCUUGCACUUCUGGCUCUUCCUGGGCAUCUACCUGGCUGCCCUCCUGGGCAACGGCCUCAUCAUCACCACCAUAGCCUGGGACCAGCACCUCCACACCCCCAUGUACUUCUUCCUGAUCAACCUCGCCCUCCUCGACCUGGGCUCCAUCUCCACCACUGUGCCCAAAUCCAUGGCCAAUUCCUUCUGGGACACCAGGGCCAUCUCAUACUCAGGAUGUGUUGCACAGCUCUUUUCGUUUUCCUUCUUGAUAGUAGCAGAGUAUUCUAUGCUCACCGUCAUGUCGUACGACCGCUACGUUGCCAUCUGCAAACCCCUGCACCACGGGACCCUCCUGGGCAGCAGAGCUUGUGUCCACAUGGCAGCAGCUGCCUGGGCCACUGGGUUUCUCAAUGCUCUGCUGCACACGGCCAAUACAUUUUCACUGCCCCUGUGCAAGGGCAAUGCCCUGGACCAGUUCUUCUGUGAGAUCCCCCAGAUCCUCAAGCUCUCCUGCUCACACUCCUACCUCAGGGAAAUUCGGCUUAUUGUGGUUAAUGCCUGUUUAGUUUUCAUGUGUUUUGUUUUCAUUGUGGUGUCCUAUGUGCAGAUAUUCCGGGCCGUGCUGAGGAUCCCCUCUGAGCAGGGACGGCACAAAGCCUUUUCCACCUGCCUCCCUCACCUGGCCGUGGUCUCCCUGUUCCUCAGCACUAUCAUGUUUGCCCACCUGAAGCCCCCCUCCAUCUCCUCCCCAUCCCUGGACCUGGUGGUGUCUGUUCUUUACUCAGUGGUGCCUCCAGCAGUGAACCCCCUCAUCUACAGCAUGAGGAACCAGGAGCUCAAGGAUGCCCUGAAUAAACUAAUGGCGGGGUGCUUUUCACAAAUAAUAAAGUAUCCGUCAUCUGCUCUUUAA